UUUCUUUUUUCUUUUUUUUUUUUUAUUAUUCAUUCCUUAUAUCUUUCAAGAGUGAUGAUUGGUUUAAAAUCCAUUGCAGUUGUUGCCGCACUAGUAAUUAGUAAGGUGGACGCUGCUGAAUAUUGGCAAUCGUUCAAUUCAUCCAUCAAUCCUUUAAACAUCACUCUACCCAAUAUCCCUCAAACUACAUCCAUUGAUCCUACCACUGAAUGCACCAAUUACGUUCCUGAUCCAAGUCUGUUCACUCUUGAUGCCACACAAUGGCCUACCAGUUGGGAUAUUGCCACUUCCAAUGGAAUGAACACAUCUGCCGAAUUCACUGCCCUUUACAAUUCAAUUGAUUGGUCCAAAGCACCCAAUAUUCCUGUUCGUACCUUGAAUACUGAUGGAUCCAUCAAUAUGAAUGGAUAUGAUAGUGCCACUGAUCCUGAUUGCUGGUGGACAGCCACUACUUGUACCGUACCUAAACUUCAAGAUGUCAAUGCUGAUAUUUAUGAAUGUCCUGAACCUGAAACAUGGGGUUUGACCUAUGAUGAUGGACCCAAUUGCUCCCAUAAUGCCUUUUAUGAUUACUUGCAACAACAAAAUUUGAAGGCAUCCAUGUUCUAUAUUGGUUCCAAUGUGAUUGAUUGGCCUUAUGGUGCUAUGCGUGGUGUGCGUGAUGGUCAUCACAUUUCUUCCCAUACUUGGUCCCACAAGAUGAUGACUACUUUGACAAAUCAAGAAUUGCUUGCUGAAUUUUAUUAUACUCAAAAAGCUAUCAAAUUGGCUACUGGAUUGACUCCUCGUUACUGGCGUGCUCCUUACGGUGACGUGGAUGAUCGUGUUCGUUGGAUUGCUACUCAAUUAAACCUCACUUCUAUUCUUUGGGAUCUUGAUACCAAUGAUUGGUCAGCUGGUACAACAGAAACUGUUCAACAAGUACAAACAUCCUAUGAUGAAUUCAUCCAAAUGGGUAGCAACGGUUCUAUGACCACACAUGGUAACAUUGUACUGACCCACGAAAUUGCCAAUGUCACUAUGAGUCUUGCAUUGACCAAUUUACCUAACAUCAUGAAAAACUAUCAACAUGUCGUUAACGUAGCCACUUGUCAAAACAUCACCUACCCUUACAUGGAAAAUACCGUGGCUUUCCGUACCUUUGAUGAAUAUUUAGCUCAAAACUCUUCGGCUGGAGGCGCUGCCAGUUCUAUUCUUGGAACAAACACCAAUGUUGGUGUCACCGCCACUGGAAAGGCCGCUACCCAAUCAAAUGCUUCAAGUGAUGCCUCCUUCAUCCUCGCUCCUUCCACCUCCUUUUUACUCUUCACUAUUAUCUUAGUGUCAUCCGCCUUUUUUUAGACUAUAAGUUUUUAUUCAAAUGAAAUAAAGAAUUGAUUUAUGUCAACCUUA